UCUCCGACAACGUCCCUUAUCAGCAUGGCAACAGCCCCAGUUGAAGCUCGCUCGACGGGGCAGAAAGAAGAAUCGCCAAAGUCAAGCGAAGCUCCUCAUGAGAAUGCCAAACUGGACUAUCUCACUGGUGUCAAGUUGGGGCUCCUAGUGGCCAGCAUGACCUUGGUUUGUUUCCUCGUCUUGCUAGACAUCUCCAUCAUGUCUACGGCUAUCCCCAAGAUCACAGCACAAUUCCAUUCACUGGAGGACGUGGGUUGGUACAGUGGAGCGUUCCAAUUGUGCACGGCUGCACUUCAACCCCUGACUGGAAAGUUCUACACCUACUUCCGGAACAAGGAUGUUUUUCUCCUCCAUUUGUUUGUCUUUGAGGUUGGCUCUUUGAUAUGCGGUCUUGCGACCAGUUCUGGCAUGCUCAUCGGCGGGAGAGCUAUUGCAGGAGCAGGCGGCGCAGGUCUGAUGAAUGGAUGUUUGACGAUCAUUUCCAAUGCGGUAGUUGGGCACAAAAGACCACUAUACACCGGCAUUCUUUUGGGGUUUGCACAGUUAGGUCUCAUCUCAGGCCCACUGAUCGGAGGUGCCCUCACUGAACACGCAACAUGGCGAUGGUGCUUCUACCUCAAUCUCCCCAUUGGCGGCAUAGCAGCAGUCGUUCUCGUUCUCGUCAACAUUAACGACAAAAACUCAAAAACCCGCUACACCAUCGCCCUCAUCAAAAAAGUCAUCCCUCUGCUGGAUCUCCCCGGUUUCGCCCUGUUCGCACCAACCUGCUGCAUGUUCCUCAUCGCACUGCAAUUCGGCGGCGUGACAUAUCCCUGGAACAGCGCGACCGUCAUAGGCCUGCUCGUCGGCUCAGGCGUUCUGCUCAUCCUCUUCAUGCUCUGGGAAGCGAGAGCGGGAGAAGACGCCCUCAUUCCCAAACACCUCCUCAAAGGACAUAUCAUGAUCUCCAGCUCAAUCUACAAUUCAUUCCUGGCGCCCAUCACGAUGGUGACUAGUCUGUAUAUGCCGGUGUACUACCAAGCCGUCAAGGGUGUGGGGCCAACAGAGAGCGGUGUGGAUACUCUCCCAAGUAUCCUCAGCCAAAUCCUACUAGCCGUUGUCGGUGGAGCUGCAGUUUCAAAGCUAGGCUACUACCUCCCGUGGGCUACAUUGGGUGGUGUGCUUGCAGCCAUAGGCUGUGGUCUCAUGUCGACCAUGGAUGCUUCGACUUCUACCGCGGCGUGGGCUGGGUACUUAUUCAUUGCUGGAGCUGGACGAGGAGCUGGGAUGCAGAUGCCACUCGUCGCCGCCCAAAACAACCUCCCUGAAAAACUCAUCCCCACCUCCCUCGCCUUCCUCAUCUUCGCACAGGGCAUAUCGGGCUCGGUGUUCAUCAUCAUCUCAAACACAAUCUUCACGCAAACCCUCAAGAGCACGCUUCCCAUGUACGCGCCGUCCGUCUCCAUGCAAGACGCAUUAGCAGCCGGCGCGAGUUCAGACGCCAUACAGCAAUUAGUAGAGGGCCAUCGCGACGAGUUACCUGGCGUGCUUCAGGCGUACAGCGAAUCGUUGGGGAAUAUAUGGUUGAUGUUGAUGGGAUUUGCGUGUUUGAUUUUUCUCGCGAGUUUCGGCAUGGGGUGGACGGAUGUUAGGAAGAAGAAGGAGGCGACGGUGGAAGAGAAGAAGACGGAAAGUGAGUCGAAGAGUGCGAGCGAUGCAGGGGUGAACCAGGAGGUAUAA